GCGUGGGCGCGCGUGCGCGGAGCCGCCGUCAGUGCCCGGCUGGUUAUUUUGCAAGCGGGAGGGGCCGUGCGCGCUCCUGCCUCCGGCCUCUGUUCCCCACCCCCCUUCCCCGGUCCGGUUCUUUCCUUCGGAAAGAUGUCGGACACAGCAGUAGCUGACACUCGGCGUCUUAACUCGAAGCCGCAGGACCUGACCGACGCUUACGGGCCGCCAAGUAACUUCCUGGAGAUCGACAUCUUUAAUCCACAGACGGUGGGCGUGGGCCGCGCGCGCUUCACCACCUAUGAGGUUCGCAUGCGGACAAACCUACCUAUUUUCAAAUUGAAGGAGUCCUGUGUACGAAGGCGCUACAGUGACUUUGAAUGGCUAAAAAAUGAGCUGGAGCGAGACAGUAAGAUUGUAGUACCGCCACUGCCUGGGAAAGCCUUGAAGCGACAGCUCCCUUUUCGAGGAGAUGAAGGGAUCUUCGAGGAGUCUUUCAUUGAAGAAAGGAGGCAGGGCCUUGAACAAUUUAUUAACAAAAUUGCUGGCCACCCACUGGCUCAGAACGAACGCUGCCUACACAUGUUCCUGCAGGAGGAGGCAAUCGACAGGAACUACGUCCCUGGGAAGGUGCGCCAGUAGGAGCUCCUCUCACCACUUGACCUCUACGUUCCUGCUGAAAUGACAUUGGUUUUUACACUAAGCCUCUCUCUGUCUUUGAUCUGAAGUUCGCUGCCCAUCCCCUGGCCUGAUAAACUGUAUGGUAUUGUGCUCCUUGGUACCUGACUGCAUCAUGGGCACUAUGCUAGAUCCUCUUCUGAGGAGAGAUGGGAAACCACAGGAAGAUGCCCUUUGGGAUUGGGGGGUGGGUGGGAGGAUUGAACUGGAAGGCAAUUUCUUGGGCAUUUACCCAUGCUAGAAGGCUAAUCUUGGUGGGGGGUGGGUCUCGUGCUGGUGAGGCACUUGAAUACAUAAUGAUGCUGCAAGUCCAGGGAAUUUUUCUUACUCUUAGGUUUAACCAGGAACACUGAGCAGGGAACAACCCUGCUUUUCCCACCUGCAUGAACUUUUUCUUCUUUGAGAAGACUCUCUUUGUUUUUCUCUAAGCCUGCUCCCAGUUUUCUCAACAGUUUCUUUUCUUGCUUUCUCUCUCCCUUGUUGCUUUUCAUGGCAGUAAUCCUAGAAUCUAAGCAGUCUAUUGUGUGGAACAAGGUGUAUGUGGGUUUUCCAGACCCAUCAUCAUGGCUGCUUCAGAGUCAGAAGAAAGCCAUAGGGCAGUAGGGGAACUCCUGUUGCCUACUCCCUAUUCUUUGCGGCACCCCAGUCUGGCUGCCUGUUCUUGCUCACCAGAAGGUGAGCCAGUGUGGGUCAUAAGUUCUCCCUCCCCAAGUCCUUGCUACUUUAUAGGUUAGCUUUGCAAGUUUGGUGGCUUGAGGGGUGGGGGUAACUCACCACUGCUAGGUAACUCCCUGAAGGGUGAGAGUGGAUCAUUUUCUAGGUACCUACUGUGGUGGGGAGGGGCAUCACCACUCUUCCUUCCAUCUUCCUGUUUCCCCCAUCCCAUUUAGUGCUGCCACAGGGCAGAAGCACAUGAACAAACCACACAGUCUCUGACUUCUAAGCACUUUGAGCUGUUGAAUGGGGCUUAAGGGCAAGAGUUGUCGCUGCCCUUCUCGGCUUGGUCACAGGGUUACUGAACUACUUUCUGUGGAACCCCAGCUUUCUCUCCAGAAGUUGAGCUAAGGAUAGCAGCUUGGCAUGGAUAUCCCAAGUCUUUUGAGUCUGAAGCCACUUCUUGAGACUGGCAACUUUCCUGGGUAGCAGCCUGGGAGAUAGUGGUUUGUUUUGGGGGGGUCCAAGUGGUGGGAUGGGAGCAAGUUUACUCUGGUAAGAAGUCAAAAAGUGGGAGCUCUUUGCCUGGAUUCCCUACAUGAAAGGAUCGGCAGUCUCUUAUAUAGGGCCUUUGGGGAAAGGAUUACUGAUUCUGACAAGAUCCUAAUUGGAAAGAUUAGGAUUAGAUUUUGACAUGGCUUUGGAGUCCAUCUAAAUGCUGAAGUUUCCUGAGACAGAUCAGUUCUUCAGCUGUUGGGCCUGUGCCAGGGGCUGAGCAGCCCCUAGAGAGAGGCUAUGCUCCCUUCCCCAUUUCCCCAAUGUUGGUGGUGUUGCUGCCAUUUUGAUUUGUAUCCUGUUAUUGACUUUUUAAAAAAUUCCUUUCAUUGUGCACAAGUGCUGAGAGCCUGAGGCCUCAUUUCUGCUGUGGAUACAUUUCUGCUGUGUAUAUAUCCUGCCUCGGGGCUUUUAUUCAGCAAACUGUUCAUUCUUCUGUCAGACAAUGUCAUAUUCAACUCUGUUCAUAUUAAACCACUGUGAAGCAAA